UCCACCGAACCGGUUCGGUUUCUGUUGGAGUCAGCCUUUCCCUCCCUGGUCCGUUGUUGGCUUAGAUUACGCCGCAGGAAGGAGAUCGCUCGCCUCCAGUUUCAGAUGUAUUGUUUGCUUCGUUGUAACGUGCGGAGACUACCGGGACAAUGGUGUGUAUUCCAUGUAUCGUCAUUCCAGUCUUCCUCUGGGUCUACAAAAAAUUCCUGGAGCCUUACUUAUACCCUCUGGUCGCCCCGUUUGUCAGUCGUCUAUGGCCCAAAAAAGGUGUCCAAGAAGCUGGCGCUCAAAAUAAAAGCAAAGGUGACUACAAGGGUGCAGACAUGAAUGGAUUCCCAACAAAAGAAACAACAGAAAGCUCGGCUAAAAAGAAAGACUAAAGCGGCCCUUCUCCAGAGCGCUCAUUGCUUUAAAAAUGGACCUGACAAUAUGAAGCACCUUUGUCAUUGUCUCUGACCUUUUUCUCCGAAGCAGAGUUCUUGAUAGUAGCUGUUUCCCUGAUAGGUGAAUCAAAAAAUGCCUAGUAUUUAUAUUUAAAAUGUAUUUAAUCACACUCACUGACCUCAUUUCUGAGUCCCUCCUGUCACUGAACGCAACUCUCCUUUUCACGAUUGCAGUUGGAAGCCUAUGAGUUCAUAGGCGGCCAAGUCAGUAGGCUGUCCCUAACUCCGUACUUCACGCCCUGCGAGGGCCGCUGGCAGUCAUUCUCCUGGGUCUGCCUGCGGUUUGCUCUCGUGACUGUAGGCUCUUCACUCUUGAAUGGGGGCAGUUCUACUGAGGCUGUGCGGGAAAGGGAGGAGUGGCUUGGCGGCCAUUGAUGGCUUGAAACACGGAGAUCAUUACCGCCCGGCACAGUGGAGCCCCUUCUCGGUGAGAGUAGUCAGUACCAUGUCUAGUUCUGAGGAGGGUAGACAGGGUAGGCAAGUACGGAGAACUCCUUUGGAAAAUGUAACAUCUUUUGCAGAGAUGCCAACUGUAUGUUAUAAAAUUCUAAUCCUUCCUGCAUUCCUUCUACUUCCAUAAAUGUAAUAAAUAUUCAGUUUA